AUGGCGCCUGUUACCUCGCAUACCUCUUCGAUCGAGAUGGGCCCCCUUGUUGACAAUGACACGGACCAUUUUCAGCCAUUCGGGUUCGAGAAUAUGGAUUGGUUGAGGAACUCGGGAUUGAUAGAUGAAGGUUCGAUUCAGCAGCCUACCCCAUCCAGCGAGUUUCUCCAAAGCCAGUCCAAAGUCGAGCCACAGGCGACACAACAUGGAGCUCAAGAGCAGGGGCAACUUAUGUCAUCCACCGACUUUGAUCAAGUGUGUACCGCGGAUGCCAAAGCAUCUGUGGAGGAUAAUCAAGUUCGAAACGACGACAACUCGGCUGAGAGAUCCGUCAUGAACGUUGACCAAGCCCAAUGUCAAGAGCUGAAUGAAAUUCUGAAAGCGAUUGGAGGUAUCAAUUUGCACUCGACCACCCACUACCAAGCUCUGGUCAACCAGCUACAAGACAACAGAAGUUAUUUCGAAGUCCAGUUCGGAGACCUGAAAAAACAGAUGGAGGAGUCUCUCCCUCAAGGAAAAUCGCCUGCUGCAAUGACAGUAGAGGGUGAACUAGCGCAGGAAAAAGAGCGCCGCCGAAAGCUGGAAUCGGACUGUCAAAACCAGGCGAAGGAUAUAAUCCGAUUGAAGUCGGAGGUUCAGAGGCUGUUGGGAGUUUGCCACCAGUACUUUUUCGCACAGCAACCUCCAGUCCAAGGAGCGCCAAUCCAGCAAUUCCAAACCCAGCAACUCCAGGCUCAGAAUCGCCGAGUCCAGCUACUCCACGCUCAGCAACUUGAAGCUCAGAAAUUUCAUACGCAAGCCCAACAACUCUCAGCCCAGCAAUUCCAGGCACAUCAGCCCCAAGUCCUGCAACCCCAAGUCCUGCAGCCACCAAUGGAGUCGACCCAGCAUCUUUAUAAACACUUGAUGAACUAUUGCCAGCCGGCACCCUUUCCCCCCGGACUAAACGGAUUAGAGAACAGCUUUGAACAGCACCCAGGGCUUAAAGAGAUCCAACCAGGGCCGACAUCAGUUCCCACCCCUACGGACUUCCAGUUCGGAUUCUCGACCAACGGAGUUUUCGAGGGAUCUAAGGGCGUGGGAAGGCCCGUAAGCCAGAAAAGAGGACGUCCAGAUUCUAACGCCGCCCAACAAGAAGGGAAACAGGAGAAAAGAGUUCGGAAAGCUCCAGUAACGUUAGAUUUUAAGCUACCCUGAAGAAUAAAGGGGGGAACCAGGGCAGGAAAGGUUGGCGGCAUAAUGCACAACGAGGGCAGAAGCAGGUUGGAUAUAUGUUUCCCACUGGAGCAUUUAGAAAUGCGUUAGCUCCUGUGAAGUUUCAAGAAAUAAGGUUAGAAUCCUUUGGAUAGUAACAUUGGGUACCAAGUAGGUAGCGUAUACAUUAAUGACGCCGACCUUGUCACUG